AUGUGCCAAGCUAGAAUUGCUUGUCUGACUUGCAGCCUGCUCUGGUGGAGCUUGUCGAUUGGCGGGAAAGUAGGAAAUACAAGAACUGUUCACCAAACCGAAGGAGGCCGUCUCAAAAAUGUCGUCUGCCAGAAGGUUCCAACAAGUCAUACAACAAUCUGGUCAUGGGAAAAUGGCUCUAAUCGCCAGCUAGGCUCGACCAACACGGAUUUGUUGAUGAAGAAUUGUGUUGGCGGAACUUCUUGGUUCACGAUUGAAAGGAAGGACUUGAUGUCCCAAGUUGGCGUUCACCUGCCCUUACGCGCACAUGAUGACACAAAUUCAUACAGCAUCGUGCGUGUGCACAUGUUGCCAGAUUGA